AUGUUUGUGCUUGCAACGAUCAAGGACACCGUAAAGUCCCCCGAGCUGGUGCCCGGGGACUGCUGCCUGCUACGUAUGACGAUAUGGGUAGCCCCGAGCAAGUUUAGUGGCGACGCCUUGGACGUGCUGACGGCGCAGAUAGAGGCCAAGUUCGCGGACAGGGUCAUCGCCAACGUCGGCCUCUGCAUCUGCCUGCACAGCUAUGAGAGCAUCGGGGACCCUUACGUCUACCCCUCCGACGGCGCUGCGCACUACAAGGUGCGGUUUCGGAUGCUGGUGUUCCGGCCCUUCGUGGGCGAGAUCCUAACCGGAAAGGUCUCCUCUUGCACCAAGCAGGGCAUCAAGGUGUCACUCGAUUUCUUCGAGAAUGCUUCCAUACCAAAGGAUCUCCUUCAAUCCCCGUCUGUCUUCGCCCGGGGGGAGUGGAUGUGGUCGUACCCCGACCCGGACGCGGAGGACGGGGAAAGGGAAGGAGAAGGGGGCGGCAGCAAGGGGGGGGAAGGCAGCGGGGCGGAGAACGACGAUUCGUUCUCGUUGACCCUGCACGACGAAGUGCGUUUCCGAGUGAGAACGCUGGAGUUCACGCAGGUGACGUCGACAGCAACGGGCAGUUUGCAGGCCACCACGGUGUCCACGGCGCGAGGAGCAGCAGGCGCCUCCGGGGGGGGUGCGGGCGGGGGCAGAGGCGGCGGUGCGGCGGGGAACGGGGGGCAGCCACCAGUAGUGAGAGAACGAGGGACUAGCGUAGAUCUAACUGACGUCGAGGAGGCGCCUUCCGCCAUGACCAUCACUGGCAGCAUGAACGAAGAAGGCCUAGGCCUCUUGUCGUGGUGGGAAUGAGGCUUCACUGCUGUUUAGCGCUGUCGUUGUUGUGGCGCUAGGGAAGGUUUCUCCCUUAUGUGGCGCCUGCGUUGUCGUGGCGGGAGAGGAAGCUCAACCAUCACGUUUGGGCACCACCGUUGUGGUGGUAGGAGUGAGGCUUCACCCUUGUUUUGCGCUAUUAUACUAUCGUUUUUGUGGCGCCUGUGUGGCUUCACCGUCUGUGUGGGCACCACCAUUGGCGUGGUGGGAGUGAGGCUCCACCCUUGUUUUGCGCUAUUAUACUAUCGUUUUUGUGGCGCCUGUGUGGCUUCACCGUCUGUGUGGGCACCACCAUUGGCGUGGUGGGAGUGAGGCUCCACCCUUGUUUUGCGCUAUUAUACUAUCGUUUUUGUGGCGCCUGUGUGGCUUCACCGUCUGUGUGGGCACCACCAUUGGCGUGGUGGGAGUGAGGCUCCACCCUUAUUUGGCACUGCUGCCAUUGUGGUGGUAGGAGUGAAGUUUCGCCCUCAUCCGAAACCGUCGUGGUAGUGGUAGGAGUGAAGCUCCACCCUCUUUGCUUUGUGACCAUCGCUGUCUGGUGGGAGUGAAGCUACCCCUUGUUUCUCACGAUCGUUGUGGUGGCCGAGUGAAGCUUAAACUAGUCGGCAUUGCUGCGAUUUUCGUGUCGAGAGUGAAGCUUGCCCUUUCUAGGCCCUAUGGUUAUCGUUGCUGGAGUGAAGCUGCACCCUCAUUGGGGCACUAUCGUUGUCGUGUAAGUGAAGCUUGACUCAUUUGGCAUUAUGAUUGUAGUGGUGGGAAUGAAGCUUCGCCCUGACUUGGCAAUAUCGUUUCCGAGCUGGGGUCAAUGAAUGGCUUGGUUUCAGCUGAUUGUUUGUU